UAAUAAUAUUUCUUCCUGCCAAACGUUUUGUACAAGCAACAAAAGAUUUCUCAAGGAAUUAACACUAUUGUAAUACAGUACAUACAAUCAAUUAAAACAAGUUUAUUAUUAUUUAUUCAAUACUAUAAACAUACUGCGAAAUCUCUCACAUAUUAUUGACGAACACCUUAUACAAUCGUCAUUUUCCAACCCAUCGACACCUACCCAGUUCACUUCUCUUUGUCAUUGUAGUUCUUACACUUUUGACUACCCAAAGUGGAUCACUAAGUGAUAAUGAAUCACUCUCAAUCUAAAUUAACCGGUAACUAAUAAUAUCAAUUCUGGAACACUCAAAAUCUAAUCUCGACCUAGCUUGUUUAUUUAGACAUAUUUUCACACAAAAAAUAGACCGUCUCAUGUUUCAAUUUUAAUCUGUAACCCACCCUUAAGUAAAACAAAACAGUUUUGAAAACAAGACAAGCUUGGUCACCCAGUCAUAGCGUCCAUGAGCCAUUUAAAUAAAAUAAGACACGCGCAGUUUUUUCAUGCCUUCGUAUAACUUUUUCAACCAAUACAGAGAUAUAUAAAUGUGGCCAUUCCUUGAUGGGGAUAACGAGAGUUAGCUUCUUCUGCAACAGUCGUGUUCAUUUAAUAACUGAAAAUGUGCAUUAAAUAUUUAGUUGUUCUGUGUUUCGCCUUAGCUUUGUCUUUGGCGGAGGCUCAAGAUUUAUCAUUCAUCACUAGUUGUAAAGCUGAAGAUUCAAAAUGUCACAAGCAAAGUACCCAACAAGCUAUUCCGGUAUUCGCUGCUGGGAUUCCUGAGCUGAAUGUGGAACAACUGGAUCCCAUGUACAUGAAACAUAUUGACGCCAACCAAUCAAACCUGAUGCUUGUCAUUACUGAUACUACAAUAACUGGCCUAAAGGACUGUGAAGCGAAGAGAGUACAGAGGGAACCUGAUAAUUCAAAGUUGUAUAUUAGAAUGCUGUGCGAUUGCGAACUCCACGGACAAUACGAAAUGAAUGGUCAGAUGUUUCUUCUGCCCAUCAAAGGGGAAGGACCACUUAGCGCUAAAAUCAAUAAAUUAUACAUUGCCGUUGACGCGGAUUUGGGAGAAGAGGUUAGAGAAGGCAACACAUACUGGACCCUUAAUUCAUUCACACACUCCUUUGAAUUAAAAGGAACAUCGGAAGUUAAUUUUGGAAAUCUGUUUCCCGAUAACGAAUUAUUGCGUAAAACAGCGAACGAUUUGAUUUCUCGAAACGGAAACGAUGUUGUACGAGAAAUCGGAGGCCCAGUCAUCGUAGCCGCUAUCACCAAAGUUGUAAAGAAUGUUGAAAACUUCUUCCAAAUUGUACCUGCGGAUAAACUUACGCUGUAAGCUAAAAACAUUUUCUGAAUGUAAAAUGUAAACUAGAAAAUUUUUAGAAUUAGAUAUGGUAGAAUCAGA